AUGGCAACCAUCAUUCCAACUAGCUUUAACACACCAAAUCAACCAAAUAGACAAUUAUUUAAAAAUAUUAAAAAUCUUCCAACUUCCAACAAGAAAAAGUCUAUUGUUACAACUGUAAAGCCAACACCAGGUUCACCAAAUAUUCUGACAAAUGUUACUACUUUUACUACACCAUUGAGAAAGAGUGUCAAUGCCAAGCCAAAGACAGCGGUCACUGCCGAUACCCUCUUGUUCACCUCGUCCUAUGGAUACACCAGUGUCUCUGUGCCAAAGCAACAACAGGAGGAGUCUGCUUCGUUCAAAGAGUUACUUACCACUGAUCUUUUGGUUGAUGAUAUUGUCAACACCAACACCACAGACGCCGACAACAACACCGAUGAUAGUGUAUCAGUAGGUGAAGUUGUUCGUCUGCCAAAACCCACCGUUAUUCACACUGUCGAGUACCUUUUGUCUCUUCGUAACCGUCCGGAGUGCAAUGUGCGUCCAUCGGAGAUCGAUGCCAUCGACCAGACCAUCGAACAAGCUCGUUCCCUGGUGUUUGCCAGUUCUAGCUUGGCCAGUUCGCUCAACGCCUCUCCAGUGACACCACACACCGGCAACGUGUGGGGUGGUGCUUACCACAUGCUCUCAUCCCAAACCAGCCCAUACAAAUCAUCGAUGAUGAUGAUGUCGGUUACCAACUCCCCACUUCCCCUACCGAUUCCAUUCGUUGCUUCGCCAGCACAAUUCAGUGCUUCCAAGCUCGUUCCCGAUCCACUUCCAUUGCCCGUCGACUUUAAGUUGAGUGUCCUACCAAAGUCUGCACAAAAGCAACAACAACAACAACAACAGCAACAACAAAAGACUAAGAAACCAGCUCAUCUUAAGCCAGUAGGUAAGAUUAGCAUUGAGCAAUUCGAAGCUACCGCCAAAACUACAUAUCUUGAAGUCGCCGCCACUGGCCUUCCAAUUGUUGAGGUAACUACCGCUGCCAAGCCAAAGCCAUUCGAACCAAUCGAUCCAACUGAUCCAGUUGAACAUAUUGUCGAUGGUUACAUUGUUGUAGGUGCUAAUCAAACCAAUGACAAUGCUAACAACUUCAACAACGAGCAAAACAACAAUUCAGAGGUUGCAGUCGCUCAACAACCAACCAAAAAACCAAAAGAAGAAAGUGAAGCCAAACUCAAAUCACGUCAACGUCAAAUCGACAUUGGUAAGCAAACCCUUGGUUACCAAGCCUAUAUUGCCGCCGUCAAGAAGUCAAGAAGAAAGAAGACCGACCCAAGAACACCAAACAAGAAUCAAGUGUGCAGCAAGCGUAGCUGGGAAGGUCAAAUCGGUAAAUGGCGUCGUCUUCUUCACCAAUUCGAUCCAGCCGAUGCACUCUCAAAGGAAAUGAUCGAUAUCGCUUUGGACGACGACUCUGACUAUAUCAUGUCGGAUCAACCAACAACCAACUCUAUUCAAGUAGAAUCAGAGCAACGUUUCAACAACCAACAACAACAAAAUUCACAAAAGAUGGAAAUCGUCUAUCUUGCAACUUGUACAAGUCCCUAUGAUAAUUUAUCACCAGAGAUGUUAAACAAGAUUUAA